CGCAUCCCUUCAGGUUCAGCAGUGAACUGAACUGGGUCUUCGUGCUUUCACUCCUCGCUCGGUUCAGUAUGGACUUACUACAUUUUCUGCUUUUCGUUGCAGUGUCCGGCUGCACAGUGAAAGUUUCUCUCCAGGGGCCAAACCAGCGCAGACUGUUCAGUGAUCUGAUGGCUAACUACAACCGUCUGGAGAGACCAGUCUUCAAUGACUCUCAAAAACUCACUAUUCACUUCGGCUUAAGCCUCAGGCAGAUCAUGGACGUGGAUGAGAAGAACCAGGUUUUAACAACCAACAUUUGGCUACGACUGAACUGGAACGAUCAUUACCUCCAGUGGAAUGAAUCGGACUAUCCAGGUGUGACCAAUGUGAGAUUUCCUGACCAUCUCAUUUGGAAGCCAGACAUUCUGCUGUAUAACAGUGCAGAUGAAAGAUUCGAUGCUACAGUCCACACCAACAUUGUGGUCAGCUCCUCAGGCACCUGCUCCUACAUACCUCCAGGGAUCUUCAAGAGCACUUGCUACAUCGAUGUGCGCUGGUUCCCUUUUGAUGUCCAGAGAUGUGACCUGAAGUUUGGCUCCUGGACAUAUGGGGGCUGGUCUCUGGACUUAAAGAUGAUAGAGGCAGAUAUCUCCGACUACAUCUCUAACGGAGAGUGGGAUCUUGUUGAGGUUCCAGGACAGAAGAACGAGCGUUUAUACGAGUGCUGCGAGGAGCCGUACCCCGAUAUCACCUUCACUGUGGUGAUGCGGAGACGGACCCUCUACUAUGGCCUCAAUCUGCUCAUUCCGUGUGUCCUGAUCUCCACUCUGGCCCUGCUUGUCUUCCUUCUGCCUGCAGACUCUGGGGAGAAGAUCUCACUGGGCAUUACAGUCCUGCUCUCCCUGACUGUCUUCAUGCUGCUGGUUGCAGAUAUUAUGCCUGCCACAUCAGACUCAGUGCCUUUAAUAGCUGAGUACUUUGCCACUACCAUGGUUAUUGUUGGCCUCUCAGUAAUUGCUACAGUUCUGGUCUUACAAUAUCACCACCAUGACCCUGAUGGAGGCAAGAUGCCAAAGUGGACCCGUGUGAUCCUGCUGAACUGGUGUGCCUGGUUCCUGCGCAUGAAGCGCCCAGGUGAGGAGCGAGUGCGUUCAGCCUGUCACAAUAAGGCUACACGGAGCAGCCUGACCAGCAUGGAACUCAAUGCCAGCGCCUCAGCCUCCCAAUCCACCAAAUGCAACAUGCUCUAUGUUGGCGUCCGCGGCCUGGAGAACAUUCAGUACUCCACAGCCGCCACCUCACCUGACUCCGGGGUCCUGUGUGGACAGGUGGCUGGACGAGCAGGUGAGGAGGAGGUGCUCCUCCCCGUAGGUCAGAGCUCCUCCGUGGGGAGCGUGGAACCAGAGCUAGCCAAGAUCCUGGAUGAGGUUCGCUACAUCGCCAAACGCUUCCGCGACCAAGAUGAGGAUGAGUUGGUGUGCAACGAGUGGAAAUUUGCAGCGUCUGUUAUCGACAGGCUUUGUCUCGUGGCUUUCUCUCUGCUCACGAUCCUCUGCACCAUUGGAAUCCUCAUGUCAGCGCCCAACUUUGUAGAGGCCAUUUCCAAAGACUUUUUCACUUGAGGACUUUAUCUCCUGAUAAAGUCCUCAAGUGAAAACAAAAGUCUAUACCAACCACACUUGCCACAAUUUGUAAAAUCAUGGGGCAGUAAUUUAGACCCAGAUAAGCUAGCUAGAGUCUAUGGGAUUUGGAUAUCACUAAACAUUUAACCAAACUGAGGAGUUGUAAUUCAAAGUGUAAGAAAUGCAUAAAUAAUGACAUGCCUUACAUUAUGGUGGUGAAAAUUACCAGCUUUUGCCUUUUUAUAUAACCCAGCCGAAUGGUGUACUAAAAGUUAACUGUGUACUAAAAGUUGAAUUUGAUCUCCUUGUACUGUUUUAAACUGACUCUGAUACUACAAGACUUUAAGUGAUACAGUUUGAUUACUUACAGAGAAUGCAACUGUGGUUUAUGUGAUGUCACUUGUGUAUUAUUGUUCAUCACACUGUAUCUUAGGAGAUCCUUAUACUCAAAUAUAUUCCAUAUAUGAAACAACUACAGUGUCUUGUAUCGACAUAUAUUUGUUGUAUCAUAUGAAUACUUGUAUAACAAAAACAGUUUUGUGAAAUUUCAGUUUUAUUUUUGUGUAAAUUGCCUUUCUAUGAACACAAAUUACAGUUGAUUAUUAUCAUGAGCAAAACCAAACACCUCAUUUUAAACAUGUUCUUACUUUACCAAUUACCACAAGGUCAAAGUAGAUUUUUGGUCAGUUAAUUUUGUUUCUGUUUUUGUCCAGUAAAGAUUUGUACUGUGAGAUUUCACAAAUAAAUGUAUCUUUUGUACU